UUUGCAUAAAAAUUAUCAACGAAUAUGGCGGUUCCACCAGAGCGUUCUCUGAGAUCAGUUUUUGUUGGAAAUAUUCCGUACGAAGCUUCAGAGGAACAGCUAAAAGAAAUAUUUGGUGAUGUUGGUCCUGUUAUAAGCUUUAGGCUCGUCUUUGAUCGAGACACUGGGAAACCAAAAGGUUAUGGUUUCUGCGAGUACAAAGAUCAGGAGACAGCAGUGAGCGCCAUGAGAAACCUGAAUAAUUAUGAGUUAAAUGGAAGAACUUUACGCGUGGAUAGUGCAGCAAGCGAGAAAAAUAAAGAGGAAGAAAUGAUAGCUUCAAAUACAUCUGAAAGCAAUCCUUAUGGUCCAAAUGUUUCACCAUCUGAAGCUCCUUCGGCAAUUACACAAGCUGUUGCAAGCCUCCCUCCUGAGCAAAUGUUUGAGCUUAUGAAACAAAUGAAGGUUUGCAUACAAAACAAUCCGGAAGAGGCUCGACAAAUGUUACUGCAAAAUCCUCAACUAUCGUAUGCCUUAUUGCAGGCACAGGUUGUCAUGCAGAUUGUCAGUCCCGAAAUUGCACAGGCAAUAUUGUAUCGUCAAGCUGAACCACCUCAACCAAUUCAAGCUGUCUCGCCUCCACCAAGCCAUGUUGCCCAUGACAUUAGGGGUCCAUCUGGAUCUUCUGAUAUUAGAGGUCCACCUGAUAUGAGGGCACCGCCUGAUAUGAGAGCACCGCCUGACUUACAUGGACCUCCAGACAGACGAGGAAUGCCAGAUAUGAGGGGGGCACAAGAUAUGAGAGGAUCAUCUAUGGAUCGAAGAGAUGAUCGUGGUCCGCCAGACAGGCGUGGUCCUAGGGAUAUGAGAGGACCUUCGGGAUAUGAUCGUACACUUGAUGGAGGAGAUCCGCGACGUAAUCAAGAUUUUCGAGGACCUCCAGACUUCGAGAUCGUGGGGAUUACAGGGAUCACAGAGGAUUUGACCGUGUUGGAAGAGGACCAUGACCGUGGUCGUGGUCCACCAGAAGGACGUUCAGCUCCACCAGACAGGUCAGGUGGUAGUUCACGAGGGGGCAACCCUGAUCCAAGGAACGCUCGUGGUCCAGAUCCAGGUUCCAGACGUGCUCAAUCCGGGACAUCUCAACAGGAAGAAAGAUUUGGAGGUGCAGGCCCACCUCAAUGGAACAAGGCAGGCCCGCCUCCCCCACCACCUACAACUGCUCCUUCCAUUUCCACUGCACCAACUUCAGGGUCGACUUCCACUUCUGGAGAUGUUACUUCACAAGAUCAGGAAAAGGCUGCUCUUAUCAUGCAAGUCCUUAGUCUUACUGAACAGCAGAUUGCCCUCUUGCCCGAAGAUCAAAGGCAAAGCAUCAUGGUAUUGAAAGAACAAAUCGCGCGUAGUUCACAGUGAGUAGUUAAUAAAACUUUAUUUAUUGUGAAGAAUUUAUGGAUUGAUGUAGUUUCACUAAACUUUGUUUUACUGAAAUGGAUUUAACGAAUAAGGAGUUAA